CCGACUUGCAUUUCUUAGCGACCAGCAGAGGAGCGCCCCGAGUUUUGAUCACGGGAGGCGCCCCGCGUUGCGAGGGGAGGCGCCGGGAACUUCUGCAGAAGGGCUGCCGCUGCCCUCGCAGCCGGCGUGCUAGAGCAGGCAUCGUACUACCUGCACAACACACUCUGAGUGCAGACCCAGCAGCCUACCUGCACCACACACACAGACACACACACACACACACACUCUCUGAGGAGCGCAGAGCGGGCAUUGUACCUGCACAACACACAGACACACUCUCUGAGGAGCGCAGAGCGGGCAUUGUACCUGCACAACACACACACACACACACACUCUCUGAGGAGCGCAGAGCGGGCAUUGUACCUGCACAACACACACACACACACACUCUCUGAGGAGCGCAGAGCGGGCAUUGUACCUGCACAACACACACACACACACACUCUCUGAGGAGCGCAGAGCGGGCAUUGUACCUGCACAACACACACACACACACACGGGACUCAUGAGGGCUGAGCAGGAAUUUUACCCGUGGAACAUACACAAUGAGGUGUGUAAAGCAGGCAUUUAACCUAACCAUCCACACGUUUCUGCAUAUCUGUUUCAUUACUGCAUUCGCUAUUUAGAGGUCUGCGUUUCCUGUUUACUGCCCGAAGGACGUGCAACCACACACAGCUGUGAGGUUAUGCAACACAGAUCUUUGAAGCUACCUUUAUGUAGAUGAAACUUUCAGAAGCAGCACUCCAUUUUGGAACCUACCUUUUUUGAGAGCAUAUGGGACUUUCCAAGGCACCUUCUGUCUGGGCUACAUAUAUUGCUUACUCCUAAAUACAUCAGAGGACAAUGAGGUCUUUUUAUUUUUUGUGUACUUUCACACUAUAUAGUGAAGUUUCUUCCAUCUCAUUUUGUUCAAUGGGAAAAACUUGAGCAAGACUUGUGGUUGCUUUUUAUUUUACUAGAUUUCCCUUAAGGAGCCAAAUCUUUAUGAAACAUGUCCACAGUACCUUUAUUUGUAUUUUUUUCAUUUGUGACUGAGGCAGUGUAUUAAUUUCAGCAUAUUUUAGGUGUUUUGGUUUGAACCUGGCUUUUUGAAUUACUACAUCAUAAUAAUGCAAGGAAUUAAAUUAUUUCAAGUUUUCAGAAAAUAAUUUGUAUGCAUCAGAAAUAUUUUCUGGCUAUUCAUAGCUCAUUAAUAAGCAGUUUAACGGUACUAAUAUGAGGCAUUGCAUUAAUUGUUGCAUACAGUUAUUACCAAAUGACUUGCACAAACACUGUUUCAGAUGCCGUGGGUCUAAUCAUAAUAACCAGAAGUGUCCUGUGUGCAAACAAGAAAAUAUAAUUCCUUUGUAUGUGGAUAGUAAGCAGAUGAACUUGCUUGCAGUUUUGGAAGUAAGGACUGAUCAUAAUGAAAGCUGGAAUGGAUUUUUUUGCUUGAGGAAAGGGAAGCUAUGCAGCUUGAUAUUUGGGUUGAUAAUAAUGACUUUAGUGAUGGCAUCAUACAUACUGACUGGAGCCAAACAUGGCCUAUUGCUAAUACCUUCGCCAUUCCAUUAUGGAGCUUUUACUGGCAAUCCAAACUUAAUGGACAAUGAAAGCCUUAGUGAAAUGAAAGACCAUUACCAGCCUUCUAAAAUUAAUAUUUCAUAUGUAAAGGAUUAUCCAAGCAUUAAAUUAAUUAUUGACACUAUUACUUCAAAGAUUGAGUUUAUAAACAGACAACAUCCAGAUUUAGAAGACCUGAAGAAACAAGAACUGCAUAUGUUUUCAGUAAUUCCUAAUAAAUUCCUUCCAAAUAGCAAGAAUCCUUGUUGGUAUGAAGAAUAUAGAGGCAAUACUACCACAGAUCCUUACACAACAAACUCAUAUGCACUGUAUUCAAAGCGUUUUCGGACCAUAUUUGAUUACCUCAGAAAAGUAUUUUGGAACCACUUGUAUCAUUAUAAGGAUAAGCACUAUCGGCUGCGCUGUCUUCCUCAUUUCUACAUAAUAGGCCAGCCAAAAUGUGGAACAACUGAUCUUUAUGACAGGCUCAGGUUACACCCAGACGUUAGAUUCUCAGCAAUUAAAGAACCACACUGGUGGACAAGAAAGCGAUUUGGAAUAAUUCGUCUGAGGGAUGGAUUUCAUGAUCGCUACCCAGUGGAAGAUUACCUUGAUCUGUUUGACUUGGCUGCACACCAGAUUCAGGGUGUGUUACAGAGUGAUGUAACAAAAGGGCACAGCAAGAUGAACCACAUCAUCAUUGGAGAGGCCAGUGCUUCUACAAUGUGGGAUAACAAUGCCUGGGUUUUCUUCUAUGACAACAGUACUGAUGGAGAACCUCCAUUUUUAAUCCAGGAUUUCAUCCAUGCUUUCCAGCCCCAUGCCAAACUUAUCGUCAUGCUAAGGGAUCCUGUUGAAAGAUUGUACUCGGAUUAUCUGUACUUUGCAAGUGCGAAUAAAUCCGCAGAAGACUUUCAUGAAAAAGUGGCAGAUUCCCUGCAGCUGUUUGAAAAUUGCAUGCUGGAUUACUCACUGAGAGCCUGUGUCUACAACAACACUCUUAACAAUGCCAUGCCUGUGAGGCUACAGGUUGGCCUUUAUGUUGUGUAUCUCUUGGACUGGCUGACUGUUUUUGACAAGGGUCAGAUACUAGUUCUCCGCUUAGAGGAUCAUGCGUCCAAUGUUAAAUACACCAUGCAUAUUGUGUUCCAGUUUCUGGAUUUAGGGCCUAUAAGUGAGAAACAAGAAGCUCUAAUUACAAAGAGUCCUGCUUCAAACACUAGACGUCCUGAAGACCGAAAUCUGGGACCCAUGUUACCAACAACAAAGGCGAUUCUAAGAGACUUCUAUAGGCCUUUUAAUACAAAACUGGCGCAGGUUCUUUUUGAUGAUGCUUUUUUAUGGAAAAAGACAUAAUAUGUAAAUUCACUUCCACAAAUACAGUGCUUUAAGGAGUUUUUAUUUUUUAAAGUCUAUUUUUGCGUGCACAUUUACAUUUUAUCCAUUCAAGGAGAAGCAAAACUAAUGAGAUGAGAGUUCUCUUCCAUUAGCAUACGAUAUUUCACUGAAGCUAGAUCACAUUUUCCUCGUGAGAAUGUAAAACAUCCUGUUUAUCAAUCUCUUGCCAUUUCUUUCCCCCCCAGCAACAGAGCAGUAUGGAAAUAGCCUUGGAAUGAAGGAGUUCUUUUACACUGUCUGACUGUGGUUUUGAAGUUUAAUCUUCUCUAAAACAGUACAAUACAUAAUUAGCAUUGGUCUCUUAGAACUACACUUAUGUCAUCACUUUCAAGGUAUGUUCUCCCCUCAUUCAUUCCAAAGUAAUAAAAAAUAUCCAUUAGCCAUUAAAAUCUUUAUUUGAAUUAAAUCCAAAAUUCUUUUUUUAUAACUACAGUGCAUCAACACAGUGCAGAAUCACCCAGAUUAAUGGUAUUACCUUACGUUAAUUAACUAAUCUGAUACAUUGAAAAGUCACUUGGUUAUGUGUUUAUAUAUUACUGCAUUUAAGUAAUUCCCAAACCUAAUUAACUCCUCCAAUAUGCUACAGUUUGUAGUAAGAGAGGAAUUGCAUAUUCAGUGCAAGAAUGAGUAAUUUGAAAGUAUUAAGUUAAAGAAAAAGCUAUUCACUUUUUGGCAUAAUAUAGAAUAACAGAAAUACACAAGUUUCUAUUUGAUUUUUUUAAUUUUAUUUAUUUAAAUGCACAUAUGUAGAGUCCACUCAUCUACCUAUUUUCCCAAGAAACCAAUAAUGGGUCUCAUGUUAAGUCCAGUGAUAUCAGUGGAAGUCUUUUAUUUCAGUGGGAUUUGGAUCAGGCCCUACAUGAAUUAUUGUGUAGUAUUCCAUUAUAAAGAAACAUGUUGAUUUUCUGAAACCAUUUAAAACUUAAUCACUAAAUUCAUACACUGGUAUCAUACAGUAUCAUGCAUGACAAUAUAAUGCCUUUCAUUCUAGUAGGAUAGGUGCAGAUAAACUGAUGAAGUUGCACAACAUUCUUUGUUUAAGUAAGUUCAGCUGCGCAAUAUUUCAUGUUUUUUAUUUAAAAUACAGCAAGCUAUAUUCACUUUUUAGUUACACCCACAGAAUCUCAUUGAAGGUGGAAUUUGGCCCAGCAUAUUCGAACUGUAAAGUUGAUUUUAAAAAAAAUUAGAGUGGAUUAUAGCCAAAUAAAGACACUUAUUUCAGUAUAGUUUCUCUCAAGGACUGCGUGAUAUCUUCACUGAAAUGACUCCAAACUGGAUCAACUAAAGCUGAUGCACCAAAGUCCAAAGAACCAGUUCUAACUAGUAUAUUGUGCUCUUACUUUUGGAUACUGUUAUUUUGCUCUUGUGCCUGUGUCCAUAGUAGAGCUGGCUGAAUAAUAAUAAUAAAAAACAGAUGCGCAAACAUAUUUGCAAAUAAUUAUACUGACUUCACUGCGUUGCUGUCUCUGCAGUCAUAUUUAUUAUUUACCACCUCUCCCUUGACUGACACAUAGUGUGGAAAUUGUUCACAAAUUCUGAACAUUUCACAAAUGAAAAUUCAUGUCAGAAGUUCAUCAUUGGGUAUUCACUAUUUGCAAAUCUCCUGUUUAAAAAGAUUCAGUCAUCCAAUCUGAGAGCAGAAAAAAUACCAUGGGAUUCAGGUGACCCAUUCUCACAGCGCAAAUGUUAAUAGUUUAGAGACAAGUUGGGAGAAGUAAUAUCUUCUAUUGGACCAACUUCUGCUGGUGAAAGAGACCAGCUUAAACAGAGCUCUUCUUUAGGUCACAAACAUUUUAUAUUCAAAAUUGUUCAUGAGAACUAUUCAAUUAAUACUUAUGAUAUUUGACACAUUUGCUGAAAUCAGAAUUGAUUCAAACAUUCUGUGAACAGAAAUAAGGUCUAAACUUUCAACAAAUAUUAUUUACAUUGAAUAAUGUGGUCAGCCCUAUUGUAUACCAGAAUCAGUAGUCAGGAAAGGUGGAUGAAAACUACCAAAAACAUUUUUCUGUGGGAGUUCACUGUACUGGUUUGUUUUCUCUGGUUUCCAUUCAGUUGUCAAUAGCACAGAUCCUGAACUGGUGGUACAGAUUCACCAGUGAUAAAUGCUAAAGAUAUUUUUGUUAGCACUUUGUAUCAGGAAUGACUGUGACCAAAUUGCAUUGAGCUAGAAUUGUACAGCAUUCAUCCAUGUUGAGCAGCGCUAGCUCACAUAAAUAGUCCCAUUGAAUUCAGUGGUUGCAAAGGGUUGUGGGCGGGAGGCAGUUAGGGCCCCAGGUGGCUGUUACACCCAGUGGUUCAUCUCUGGUGACAACCUCGCCUUGUGAGUGCAGUCCACAAACAGCAGCUUUGCCUAAUGGAUACAGUUUUUGGCGGCAACCCCACCUAGUGGGUUCAGUUUCCAGGCAGCAGCUCCACCGAAUGGGUACAAUUCUUGGUGAGGGAAGAGGAACACGGGCCCUCCCGCUCCACCAGGUUCUACCUUCACUCACCCUGUGGUAUCUUGUGUCAGCCUCAAGUCAGCUUCCCUGGGUCGCUUCCUGCCUCCUUCUGUAUUCCAGCUGGCCGUCGUCCGUCCUUGGGGAACGCUGCGUUCCAGGCUUCCUGCCCUAGUUCCAGUCUGUGGGGCAUAGCCCGAAUCACAGUCUAACCUUUAGCGAUCAACACUUUUGUAUUAAGACUUAUUUGCCCCCAGCACCAUGCUGGGACAUUACUCAAUUCUAACUCAUGGUACAGAAGAACACAUCCUACCUGUUCACCAACAUUAUUGCCCAGAGCACCCUGACUUUGUGUUGGAGGAUUCCUACUCAAGUUUGGACAAUAAUGGGACCACAGCCAGAGACCAUUGGGUCACAACCAGAUCAUGUACUGCAACAUAUCGGAAGGAUGCCAGCUGAUAAUUGGUACAAAGGUUAUGGAUUCAAAAAUGGAAAAUGGGGAGGGGAACUAGUAUAUUCCAAAAAAUGAUUGAUUGAAGAUUUGGAAAGAUCAGAUUUCACUUGUGCUCAAAAGAAGUGCUGCUAAAUGUACACAGGCUAGAUCUCUGUCUAAGUUUGCCUUCAUUGAAUGUAAAAACAAAGAGAAAUAUCUGAGAAGAGCUAGGAUGUUUUAAGGUUAUCAUCAUGCAUUUAUACAUGGUUUUGUGUCCUAAGGUUGCAUUUAAGAUGUAUUGCUGCGCUCCAACAAACUCUGUACUUUAUCAAAUGCCAAUUAUCAUUACUGAUUUCUCAGGUUACUGUAGUCAUUAGGAAAAUGGAAGUGACCACCUUUCUAACUAGGCUGCUUUUAUUGCCCCAUCUCUUCAGGUGCUGCCUAAAAGUGACAUCACAAUUUGACAAAUUGCGGCAUCAUAACACAGGUUUAUGACAUCACUGGGUAAAACAGCAGGAGCAGGUUGGUAAGGUGGGACUUUUCCAUUUAUGUGCGGAUAUCACUGUUGAUUCCCAGGAUUGGAAAGAAAAUAUCAAACUAGUGUCUCUCUCAGUAGAAUAGCGUUUGGUAAAUUAGUAGUCUUCAAAGAUGCCAUGCUGACAGUUCUCGAGAUCCAAACCCUCUGUUUAGCCAGAGAACAGGUAUAGUAUGGGCGGCAUCAUGCAAGCUUCCCAGUGCUGCCUAUCCAGGGACUUGAAGCCUGACUUGGCAAGAAGCUCUCUGUGGGUCAGAAGAUGGAUAGUUCAGUUCCCAAGAUCCUUUGUUCCUCUGCGGGACAAUAAUUCAGUGAUGGUAGCUGUUGGACACUAUGGGUGGGGGUUGGAUUCUAAGAGGUAAACCAGGUGGGGGAGGCAUAAGUAGUAGUGCUGUUUGCUCUAGCCCAGAGCCAUCCAGCACCCACAUAAUGGUACUUCACUUUAAAAUAUGUAUAUAUUUUCAGUAUAGUGUGUUUUAAGGCUUGCCAGAGUGUGUCAGUGGCUCUUUACAACCUGAAAUACAUAGAAUACAUGUGUCUCACCCACUGUUUUCACUUAAUCAGGAAAGCUGGAGAUACCCUGGUCCCAGAGUCACUAAGGGAAGGGCCAUUUCCAAAUGUUGUCUCCACUGUAGUAAAGUUCAGCAACACGGCAGAAGAAUGCAAAAUGUGCUUUCUGUAAGACCCUCGGCAUUAAAUCUUAGUAUUUUUGAUAGGUGGAAAAAAAGAAGUAAAAACACAACAACAAAAGCCUCUUACCAAGAUAAACAGACUUUCUUAUUUACAUAGAAAAUGAUACAUUGUUGUCUAUUGAUUCCACUAUAUAGGCUUGUAUGCUUCAGCUUAAUAAACUGGCGAUAAACAAUGAAGUUGUUACAGCUUUGAAAAUGUCUUCCUGCCAAGAAUUAAUAUAAUUUCCAACUAAGCCAAAGGGUCUGCUGUAACGGGCAAGACAAAACUGUGUGGCAGAAAGUGAUUCACGUAGAUACAACAUGUAAAUCUAAUACAGGCCUGUGUAAUAUUAACACGCUG